AAAGCAUAAACCGGCAAUAGAGGUUUUCGUUGGAAGGAAAUUAAAAGCAAGGUUCAUAUUUCGACAGCAGGAGUAGCCAACCCACAAUUCCUGCAAUUAAUUUCCAUCAAAAGACUGUAAAUUAUGAUAAUAAGAUACAUUUGUUUUUAGUGUUGAAGAUCAGAAGGAACAAAAUAAUUGAUAAGAGUUAACAAGACAGCGAUGUUCUCUCUCUUUUAUGGACUUUGGAAGUACCUUUUUAGUAAGACAGAGUUUCAUGUACUCAUUCUUGGAAUUGAUAAGGCUGGGAAAACGACUUUGUUGGAGAAGUUGAAAUCAGUAUACUUGAACUUGGAAGGCCUACCACCUGAUCGGAUUGUUCCAACUGUGGGACUUAAUAUUGGUCGGAUUGAAGUUUCAAAUACGAAAUUCGUGUUCUGGGACCUAGGAGGCCAGCCUGGUCUGCGCUCAAUUUGGGAGAAAUACUAUGAAGAGGCACAUGCUGUGAUAUUUGUAAUUGAUGCUGCUUGCCCUUCACGUUUUGAGGACUCAAAAUCAGCACUUGAAAAAGUUCUUAGACAUGAAGAUCUUCAGGGAGCCCCUCUCUUGAUAUUAGCAAACAAGCUGGAUCUCUCAGAAGCUUUAUCAGCUGAAGAACUUGCCCAAUACCUAGAUAUUAAAAAGUUGGACGAAAGGGUUUACAUGUUUGAGGCGGCUUCUGCUUUUGAUGGGAUGGGGAUUAAAGAAGGUGUUGAGUGGUUAGUGGAGGUAAUGGAGAGAAGCAAGAGAACCGAGACUUUGAGAAUUCGUGCAGGUAUAACUGGUCCUAAUUAGAGCUUUAGAGGGAAAGAAACCGAGUUACAGCUGCUUCAACCCUUUUUUUGUAGCUUCUGUGCUUAAAUCAGGGUUCACGUUAGGUUUUAUAUUGAUUAAAAGUUAAAUCAAUUUUUUCCCACUUGUAAGCUAUGGCUUUGUUAUUAUAAAUAAUUAUGUUGUGUGAAAUUCAGAUAAUACUAAUAAUGUCUUCAAGUUGUCACCAUGGAAA